CUCUUCUCACCUCUUCAUAUCCCCAGCUUGUUCGAGACCAAACCAGAGAGUCAGAAGCUGUUCCCCAAGUUUGCUGACCUUUCCAAAGAGCAGCUGCAGAACAAUCCUGACCUGAAGGCCCAUGGGGGAAUCAUCCUCUGCAAGCAGACAGAAUUCCUACAAGAUAGAGGGCAGGACACAAAAACUGUGAAGGCUUUGGCAGAAACUCAUGCCAAGCAGCAUAAGAUCCCUCAGGUCUACUUUCAGAUCAUCAGUGACGUUAUUGUUGAAGUGGCAGCAGAGAAGAUUGAAGGCUUUAGCACUGGUUCACAAACAGCCCUGAAGGAUGUGCUGAAGACAUUUCAAACUAAAAUGGGAGAUUGCUAUGAUGAACUGGGGUUUGAUAAAUGAUUAUUUGUGUUGGCUGUCUUUAUCUGAUGCUGCUUGACUCACGUAUGAAUAAAACUACUAAAGGGA